AUGGCGAACGGUUGCGAGUCGGGAAGGAGCAAACAGAUCCUCUUUCAACACCUGAAAGACAAGAAAAUCGUGGAUGAAGUCUUUUCUCAAAUGAAGUUGUUAGCAGCCUCGGAAGACGUGGAGGAGUCCUCGUUAUGGGAGACUCUGAGAGAGGCGAUGAUAUCCAGCGGAUUGAGCCGAUUCAUUCAGAAUCAGGUGAAUUAUAGCAUAGAAAGGCACCCGUGGCUCGUGUUCCCGUCGCAUGCUCUCGGGUCAUCCUCCCUCUCUGAGCCCCUCCUCCAUCUCAACAAGGCUCAGGCAGGAUGGCAAAGGCGUCUCCACAAGAGUCUCCAGUCCAUGUGUGCAGAAUUAAACACGACGCUCCUUCGUCCUCGACGACCCGAAAACAAGACAGCAUUCCAGCAGAAGUGGAAUGCUCUCUCGACCCUCGACCUGGACCUGACGGUUUAUCGACCCGUGUACUCGCCCAGGGAUUUCCUGGAAGUCCUGAUCACACUGAAGAACCCCAAUCGGCACGAGGACACACUUUCUUCCAUUCCAAGCGACUACGUGAAACAUGUUGGUUUAGUUCUGGACAGAGACGACGCAAUGCUGACGAAGGAAUUUGCGAAGUUGGGUUGCCCUCAUGGACUACGAACCAGGCUUUGGUCUCACAUCCUUGGAGUACCUGGACCACAGGAUGCGGAACAUAUGGAGACGUUGAAAUCGUCUGUCUUCUCCCACGAGCUUCUUCUCGACUACAUCGUCAUCAAAGAUACGCAAUUGACGGCAUGCAACGACGAUCAGUACUUCGUGUACGAGGAUACCUUGUAUCAAGUCCUCCUGUGCUUCCUCCGAGACAAGACCAUUCCUCAAUACCUGACGCACGUCUCCGUGUUCCAAGGAAAAAAGGAUGAAAGCCAGUCCUUCAUCUACCCUCUUUCGGGAGUAAUUCCCUUUUAUGGAUUCUCCAUGUACGUGGCUCCAAUUUGCUACCUUUACGAGGAACCCGAGAAGGUGUACGGCUUCUUUCGAGAGUUCUACAUUCGAUAUUGGAAACGACUGCACGUGAUAGAUUCCUCGCCAGAGGGGAUCUUGAGCUUGACGGCGUUGUUCGAGCAUCUCCUCCUCGUCUCUGAUCCUCACCUCUUUUCCCAUCUCCAUUCCAAGCAUAUAGAACCAUGCAGCAUGGUGUUCAAGUGGUUGAUGAGGGGGUUCGCAGGUUCCUUAAGGCCAGAGCAAGUUCUGUUUCUAUGGGAUCUCAUCUUGGCCUACGAUUCCCUUCUCAUCGUUCCGGUUUUGGCUGCUGCUAUCCUCUCCCUCAGACGGGAGAAUCUCCUCGCCGUCUCAACGCUUCAAGCUGCCGAGGCGGUUCUGGCUGAUUUGUCUUCCAUCAAAGUCAUCCCUCUUCUGAGGCUUGUCUUCUCCAAGUGCUGCACCUCGUGA